AUGGAUCUGGCAACUGUACCUCGACCUGCAAGUGAGAAGCUGUUUGUUUCAGCCGUAUUGGGAGCUUCAGUGGCAGCAAGCAAGUUGACAGAAGAUCAUGUUCGUGCGCACAGGAUAAGUGAGAAAAACGUGAUUGAGAAGAACUUAAAGGAGUGCUUGCAAAUGUAUAAGGUCCAAGCAGAUAUACUCAUAAUUGACAAAGAUGAUGUGGUCGUUGGACUUGGGGAGGUAGUCAAAGACCAGAAGGUUACCACACUCGUUAUGGGUGUUAAAAGAAGAAAACAUGGCUGGAAGAGCAAGACAGCAGAUGCUUUGGAAAAACAAGCCGACUGUUUGUGCAAUAUUCUGUAUCUUCAUGAGGGAAUUCUCGUUGCCAGCAGGCAUCAGCACACAGACAGAAAAAUUGGCAUGCCUUCUUUGGUAGGUUGCCACUUCUCAGGCAGUAAUAGUAACACCACGAAAUCCUCUUCUUUCUUCAACUCUCGAAGCACCGCCGACACCUUUGACAUGGAGCAUCUUGAUGACCCUUCCCUAGUGAUGAAUUCAACCUAUAUAUACAAUGAUUGUAGGUUCAACGCUAUAAUUGGUCUCAAGUCAUUUCACACUUUCAGGGAGCUAGUAAACCAGCAAAUUUUAGCUGAGCACUCAAGGGACUUGUACCAGGCAUUCAACAUCAAAUACUGUGACAUCUUCAGUGGGUGCCAGUUAAUUGGUGGCUUUGACUCACUCAUUGGAGUAGAUCCCCAAGAUUUAGGGGAGGCACAUUGGAAAUACAUCAAGAGCUGGCCUGCGGUGUUGGAGUAUAUUGUCAGUGUUCUCAAGACACUGCAGAUGCAACUUCUCAAGCAAAAUCAUCGCGCAUGCAAUGGAUUUACACAUCAUGAACUUUCAGAAGCAGCAAAAGAACCUAUUAGGCGUCUGUUGACUGUUGCUUCAAUUGUAUCUGACCAUGGGGUCAGGAAGUCGCCUGAGAAGCUAUUCUGUGUAUUGAACAUGUACACUGCACUCAUGGAUGCUACCCCCACUCUCAGGGAAGUCUUCUGUACAGAAUCUAUCGCUGGGGAUGUUGAGGUGGUUCAUGGAGAACUGAAGGACUCUGCAAGGGGAAUAGUUACAGAACUUAAAGGCUUGAUUCAGACUUACAACUCACCGAAAGUAGUGCAUGAUGGAGGUAUCCUGCCGAUAUCUGUGUACCUCAUGAGAUACAUCAGGCUCCUAGUGAAGCAUAAAGGUUCGCUUGAUAUGAUUGUAGGUCAUGAUCACACUGAUGGUCUACUGAAAGUUGAGGGAAUGAGCUUGACAAGUCGUCUUGUAUCUGGGCUCAUCACUGAUCUGGAAUCUGUAAUUGAUAGACAAUCCAGGCAAUUUUCUUGUAAAGGACUCCAGUACAUAUUCUUGAUGAACAACAUACAUUUCAUACUUCAAGAAGUCGAGCAAUCAGAUGUUCAUCUGACUGUAAAAGCCAGGUUUGAGAAACGCCGACCCUCCAUCAAGUGGUACAUAAAUAGUUACCUAUUUGCAUCAUGGGGACCAUUUGCAUCCACCUUGAGGGUUGCAAAAAACGCGCUUCCCAGGAAAAAGGCAAGGAUAAACUUCAAUUUCUGGUACAAAGCUCCGCCUUUGACUCCCUUGCAGAGUUUUGUCUUGUCUCUCAAUGAAGCUUGCAAUGAGCAGAUGUGCUGGAAGGUACCCAGUCCAGCUCUUCGAGAUGAGCUUCGCAAAAGGAUCCUGAAGUUUGUUACUCGAGUCUACCGUGGACAUUUGGCAAGUCAGAGACAGUCUGCAGAACAAAAUGUGAGGGAAUUUCACUUGGAGUGGAAAACCAAAAUUGAUGAAUUGUUUGAAGGAUGAAAUAGCAGUUUAAUUUCUGUCUGUGAACGGAAGUGGAUGAAGACCACAGUGCAAGUAGAGGCUUUGUAUAUUGUACCUAUGUUGCUGUCCCUUGUGUUUGCCCCUGUAAAUGAUAAGCUGAAUCAGCUUAAUAAAAGAUAUAUUUGUGCUAUGGAGGUGGU